UCGAAACGAAGGGCAUCAACGUGUUGGAGAAUGUGAUUUAAUACGAAUUUUAAUUGAAAACAAGACAGCAAUACAAUGUUUUCGACGGAUAAACGCACUUAUUUAUCAGAAUGGUGGGGGAACGACGUUAGAAUGAAUUCGCUGAUGGCAGAAUUCCGCCCCAAACAUAUUAAUCCAUUCGGAUAUCAAGAAAAAAUGAUGUUCUGGGAAGAAAGCCUUAUAAAAUGGUGCAAGCAUUGUAAAAAAGUAAUGUUUACUCACGCAGAAGCUUGUGCAGCAUUCGAAAGAAAAGGACGUCAACCUGAAUGUUUACAAACUGUAAUUCAAGAAAUGAUAAAUGACGGGAAACUUAUUACCGAAGAACAGUUUUUAUCUUCUCAAAGCAGUUGGGUCGGUUGGGCAUAUUAUGUGUUUAUUAAAAAGCCCGUACUUUGGAGUUGGACGACAACAAUGAAUAUGCUUAAUUGGAACAGUAACGAACAAAAAUACAUCAGUCUUCCGAAUUUAAAAGAAAUGAGCGAGGAGAUUAUAAAACUUCAUCAGAAAAGUGUGGCUUGUGAUUGGACGGAUAAUGUCAUGUCGUUAGAUGAAUUGUGGCAGUUAAGCAGAGAGAUAUGCGACGAUCAAGAAACAUUUCAUCUGAUUCUUUGUCAAUUAGAGAAGGAAAAACAACUUCGUAUAUUUACAGUUUAUUCUCAAAAGUUUGUAAAGUUUAGAAGGAAAGAUGAAUCAAUGGUUAGCAAACCAACAGAAGUUGAAAUUAAUUUAAGAAGGUUGCUUAAUGCCAAAAGAACUUUAGAUAAGGAAAUUGAAGAAAUAGAAACUGAAAUUGAAAAUAAAAGAAGUGAAGCAAAAUUAGAGAUUUCAAAAGGAUAUAAGAACAAAGCUAGUGUAUUGUUAAAACAUAAAAAGCGUUUGGAAAAUAUUUUGAAGAAAAAGAUUUCUGCAGUAGAUAACUUAGAAAGCCUUCUUAGUAAGCUUCAAGAAUCAAAAUCAGAAAAAGCGGUACUUCAAGCUUAUCAGGCAGGUGUGACGGCACUUAAAAAGCUCAAUCUCGAAGGAGACUUCUCUUUAGAUAAAGUAGAUGAAACAAUAGCCGAUAUUGACGAAACGCUCGAAGAGCAGAACGCGAUUGAAGCAGCUUUGGCCAAACCAAUUGGAUUUGAUUCCAAUAUUGAAGUGAAUGAAAGUGAUUUAGAAUUAGAACUGGAAGAUAUUUUGGAAGAUAAUGAUUCCAUUACCACUAACAUCAUCAAUAAAGUUUCUCAACUUGAUAUACCUAAAGAAGAACCAAAUCUCCAAUUUGACCAAGAUCAAAUGAAUAAAAACAGAAUGAAAGCCACUGUCUUUCAACAAUAAAUCACAUUUUGUUUGAAAAAUUGUACUAUUUUUCACAUUAUUUAUAUAUAAAUAUUCUAUAUUUGUAAAAAUAAAAAAUAAUAAUUUUAUAAUUUUAAACUAGUUCUGUAACAAUUGCACUUAACAUAGUUUAUUAUUAAAACUUUUCCUGAAUUUUUAAUAAAAUGAUGUUUGCUAUAUGAAAUUUUAGAAAUUGAAGCAACGUAUUUGAAUCUUAGGAUUGUGUUUUUGUUUGUUGAUUUCUAUAGCCUUUAAAAUUAAUGAAGAAAUCAAGAACCGUGCACUUAAAUAAAAUAUCAUUCUUAAAAUUUAAUUCAUUUAUUUUAUUUCCAAGAACAAUUUCAAAUGAUUAAGAAAAUACAAAGUGAAGGGAGAAACUCUCACUUUGCAAAGAAGAAAAUUUGUUUUAUAAAAGCUAAAUUUAUGCAAAUAUAAAAAGAGCCUGUUUUCAAGUAAGCACAUUUUUAAUUUGGAAAAUGUUUAUAUAAAUUAAGA